AGUUUUAAUCAAUCCUUUAUUAAUGUCGCAGCUAGACAAAAUUUCUUGUUAUGGCAAAGAAAACUGAGGGCAGUAUUUUUUCUGGAACAUUAACACAAUUAUUGGCUUCAGUGAGCGGUUCCUUAUUUGCAAUAUCCGAUGGAAUGACAUAUGGAUGGACUGCUCCAAUGUUGCCAUACCUUAUAAGCGAUGAAAGUCAUAUAAAAACCACAAAAGGAGAAGUAGAAUGGUUAGAAACUAUACUAAUGUUAGGUUCCUUUUGUGGUUUACCAACUACCAUUUAUUUAGUCGACAAAAUAGGAAGACGAAAGUCUCUAUUAUUAGCUGCAGUAUCAUCUCUUAUUGGUUGGAUAGUUAUAGCCUUGGCUAAUCAUAUGAUUUAUUUAUAUGUUACGCGUUUUAUUUUUGGAAUUAUUGGAAAUAUGUCGUUUGUUAGUAUGCCCAUGUAUAUUGCGGAAAUUGCUGAAAGUAAAAUAAGGGGCUUUUUAGCAUCAAUUGUCUACCUUCAAAUGCUAGUUGGAUUUGUAAUAGUUUACAGUGUUGGGCCAUAUUUGCCGUUUUAUACGACGCCGAUUGUGGCAGGAGUAGUAUUACUAGCUGAAUUGUUAAUAUUCUGGUGGAUGCCAGAGAGUCCAUAUUAUCUACUUUUUAAAAAUAAAUCUGAGGAAGCUCGACAGUCUUUACAGUAUUUUAGACCAGGAAGAGAUGUCGAAUUGGAACUAAAAGAAAUAACCAAAGCCAUUGAUCGACAAAAAACAGAAAAAGGUCGGUUUCAGGAUAUAAUUUUAGUUAAAAGUAAUCGAAAGGCCAUACUUAUAAUGACUGUUUUAAACGCAGGACAGCAUAUUGUUGCUAUUAGCGUAAUACUAAUGAAUUUGCAUGAUAUUCUAAAUUCAGCUGGUUCAAUUUAUAUGGAUUCUGCUCAUGCUGGAAUUUUAUUUUCUGUGAUAAUGCUUAUAUCUGCUAAAAUAGCUUCUUUACAAGUUGACAAGUACGGAAGGAAAGCUUUAUUAUUAGUAUCAACAAUACUUACAUCGUUUUGUUUGCUAGCAAUUGCAAUUUACUUUCACAUGAAGUUAACAAAUCAUGAUGUUAAAGAUGUCAGUUGGAUACCAAUUGCUUCUGUAAUGAUAUACGCGUGUACCUUUAAGAUAGGUUUGGGCAUAGUACCCAUUGUAAUAACCUCAGAAAUAUUUCCCGCUAAAAUGAAGGCAAUAGGUAUGACUAUUGCAGACGCCAUGUACGUUAUAGGAGCUGUAAUUAGUGUUCAAUUAUAUAUUUGGCUCGAACAUUCCUAUGGAAUGCACGUACCAUUUUACGUGUUUAGUGUAGGAAGUUUUCUUAUUACCUUAUUUAUUUUAUAUUAUAUUCCUGAAACCAAAGGUAAAACGUUGGAAGAGAUACAAUUUUUAUUAAAGGGAGAGAAAUAUAUACCUUCCAGUAAAAGUGAUCCACUCCUUAGCGCUCAAAUAUGAGCAUAAACAGACAUAAUAUAUUUUUUUAGAAUGUUUAUUAAUUAUAUUUAAUAAAAUUAUUAAAAACUGCUUAGUCUAUUUAAUAUAGAUUUUAGCUUGUAAUUUUUAAGGUAUG